AUGGCUUCCGGAUCGAGGAUUCAUCUCGAGGCAUCUCAGCAGCCUCAGUACUACGUCAAGUGCCUCACAAUAGAGAGCGCAAAGAUAACAAGCGAACUACUGCAAGCCAACCAUGAGAAACACCACAUCUUCUUCAACAAGUUCGGCUUCCACAAUCAUAUAGCGCAUCACCUUCUUACACUCUUCGCGCUUAACGCCACCCCGAAAGAGAUCCAACAAGGUUAUGAUACAAACGUCGACUACCAAAGACCGCCGGAACCCCUCAAGGAUUCCAUCGUCGAUGACAUGCACGAUCCAGAGCGCUUCAAAACAUACCUCGGGAAGGAACAGUAUUACCAUGACUUCCUUAUGUUCUUUCAAAAGGAGAUAGAUGCGAAGACGUGGCAGGAGGUGCUCAACGAAUAUGUCUUCGCACGAGACGAACGCGCUGAGGACUUACUGAGUCGCAUGUACGCAGGCUUCUUGCACCCGAUCAUCCACACUGGAUUCGGUGUUGAGUUCCAGCAACCCGCUAUCGUUGCAGAAGGCCUAGCACAGGCAUGCGUGCAUGACAAGUGGAUGAACUCGCUGUUUCUUGGGGUUGAGCAGGCUGCUGAGAAGAACAGAAGUAAGGGGGACAGGAAAACAAUUGUGCAAUUACUCGAAGAAGUGAAGAAGGACGAUGAGCUGAGUAAUGCUGCGCAUUGGGAAGAUGGAAACAAGAUCCGUGACGGGGUUAUGAAGAGGUCGCCCGAGAAGAUGGUUGGCAUUGCGAGCCAGUACACAAUCCGCGAGGACGAUGAUUUGGAGGAGAAGACAGCUGAAAUGAUCAAUGCCGCAGUAUACUUCACAGCAGCAGCCCAACGCCCUCCUCACCAAGUCAAGUUUGACUUCUACUACAUGCACUGCGUCACGUCCUCCGUAUUCUUCUCCAACUUUCUCUCCUCCACCAACAACUUUCUUACGCCUGCGACAAAGCGUCGUCUUCUGGAAUGGAAAGUUUGGAACGACAUCGUCAUGUACACAUCGCGUCAUUCGCCAGCCCUCCACCUCUCCGAAAUCACAGACUACACUCCGAAACAGAACUCGAACUGGGACGAAAUCAUCUUACGAGUGAACAAGCUGGAGGAUGAUGGUCACGCAAGCAAACUCAUCAGAGCGCUAGCUAAUGGACAGAAAUCGUGCCAGCCGUACGAGGACAAGCCUGGAUUCGUUAUCAACGAAGAUAUGUGGAGGAAGAUAGGACACAUGGCCAUUGAUUCUGUAGAAGCGGGUGAGCCGCAUUGGACUAGGAGCUGUGGUUUUGAUCAAGCGUGGAAGGACGUUCCACUGAGGGACGAGGCAAAGCUGUGA